CGGUACCGUACCGAGCUGAGGUCAAGCCGGAACAUUGCGCAAGAAAGGAUGAUGUAAGGACAGUUUUCAACUUUCAAACUACAUGUCAUGUCCAUCGUGCUCGGCUGAUGGUACUAGGAUAACCCAGCUGUUUAAGGUAAGACAGUUGAUUCUAAGGCAGUUGCAGACACGUGAAGUAAAGAAGAUUGUAGAAAAUAGGUGGUUCACACAUUGAAUGAUGAACAAACUGAGAGUUGCAGUAAUUGGUGGUGGAGGAGCUGGUCUGUGUGCUGCUAGAUACAUGGGAGCAAGGCCUGACAGAUUUGAACCAGUUGUCUUUGAAAAAGCUGAUUGUGUUGGAGGCACAUGGGUUUAUACAGAGGAGACUGGGAAAGACAGACAUGGACUGCCUAUCCAUUCAAGCAUGUACUCAUCUCUCAAAACUAACCUUCCCAAAGAAGUGAUGGCUUUUCCAGACUUUCCCUUUGACAGUUCACUUCCAUCUUUUGUGAAGCAUACUGAUAUGUUGAGAUAUCUUGAGCAGUAUGCCAGCCAUUUUGAUCUCCUUAAAUAUAUACAGUUCAACACACUAGUUGAAUCAGUAAGACCAGUGAAACCUUCUGGUGACACCAAGUCUAUCACUUGGGAGGUCAGAGUUCGCAAUUUAGAGAAUCAGGAGUCUGGGUCUACCACUUCUCACUAUGAUGCUGUCAUGGUUUGCAAUGGGCAUUAUGCACAACCUAAGAUUCCACAAAUGGACGGUUUGGACACCUUUUCAGGUCAGAUCCUUCACAGCCACAACUAUCGGCAUCCAGAAUCCUACAAAGAUCAGUCAGUCUUGAUAAUAGGUGCUGGUGCCUCAGGGAUUGACAUAGCAUUGGACUUGUCACCCCAUGCCAGGCAGGUAUACCUCAGCCACUGGAAACCAAGACUUAAGACACCAAUACCAAGCAACAUCAAGGAGGUCCAAGCUGUUAAAUCAAUAUGCAAGACUGAAGUCGAGUUUCUGGAUGGCCACAAGGAUUCAUUCGACUGCAUUCUGUUCUGUUCUGGAUAUUACUAUGACUUCAGUUUCUUGCAUCCUGAUUGUUCAGUGGACGUGACAGAUGGCAGAAUUACCCCACUCUAUAAACAUGUCAUCCACCAGAUAUUUCCCAGUUUAUGUUUUAUUGGUAUUGCCAUACGCAUUUGUCCAUUCCCGCACUUCAGUGCUCAAACACAGUUUUUCCUAGCAGCGCUGGAUGGCUCUAUGAAGCUUCCAACACAGAAAGAGAUGCAAGAAGAUGAAGCAAGGGAUUACCAAAAGAAGUUGGAUGAAGGGCUUCCUCAUCGGUAUGCACACCUAAUGGGAGAGAGGCAGUGGGGCUAUCACUCAGACAUCCUCAGUUUAGCUGGGGCCAAACAGCACCAGCCAGUAGUAGAGAAACUUUAUAAACAUGUAUCUGUUUACAGAGGGACUGAUGUAUCGAACUACAAGAAGAUGAAUUUUGAUAUAAUGGAUAAUGAAAAUUUUGUACAAUUGCAGUCACUUGAACAGUAAAAGACAGCUUAUAUAAUAUUUUUGUGUAUAAAGGUGUUUAUGCUAUGCACAGACUUUAUAUUUAUGAUAAAAAGUCAUUUGAAUUAUGAAAUAUAUAUAAUAAGAAUUUUCCAAAGUACAUGUAGGUGUUUCAUAAAGCAGCUUGUAAGUUACUUACAAUGAACUUGACCAAUUACUUGUGAUCUUUUCUUGUGGUAAAAAUGAUAAACAUCAGAUUUUCAUUUGUGUCAGAUUAGUUCCUAAUAAAGUCACCAGUCAUUUGUAAAUUCGCUAGUAACAAAAUUUUAUGAAACACCCACCAGGUAACAUAACA